UUUAAGUUUGUUCCUUCUUUGGCUCUUGCAAGUUAAGUCUGAAAUUUUAAUAAUCAUAAGCCAAACUCAAAAUCCCACACUCCUUUUUGUGUAAAGACAAAGACCUUAUAAACCCCACCAAAUGCGGCCAUCCAAGUAAUAAUUCAAUUCCUUGAUUGAAAAUACCAUCCUUACCUGUCUAUAACACAAAACAGAGCCAUACUUUUGGUCCAAAAACCUUUUCAGCUAUGGCAGAGUUAGAGAACCCAAAUGUGAUGCCAAAUCUCAUAACAUUUCUGUCUUCUCUUCUUCAAAAAUUGGCUGAAUCUAACGAUGUAAACCGUCGGUUUAAGGCUCAGAAAGUUUCAGUGUUCCACGGUCUGAGUCGACCAACUAUCUCAAUUCAAAACUACUUAGACCGAAUUUACAAGUAUGCAAAUUGUAGCCCUUGUUGUUUUAUUGUUGCAUAUGUUUAUCUUGAUCGGUUUGCUCAAAGGCGACCUUCAUUGCCCAUCAAUUCAUUCAACGUUCAUCGCCUGCUUAUCACAAGCGUGAUGGUCGCUGCAAAGUUCAUGGAUGACAUGUAUUACAACAAUGCUUACUAUGCAAAAGUAGGAGGAAUCAGCACAACAGAAAUGAACUUCCUAGAAGUGGAUUUUCUGUUUGGAUUGGGUUUCCAGUUAAAUGUAACCCCCAAUACCUUUAAUACAUACUACUCCUACCUGAAAAGAGAGACCAUGUUGCAGCAAUGUCCUCCAAGUAUUGUGGAAUCCUCUUUAAGCCUUGGAAGAUCACUAAACCUCCAUUUAUGUUUCAAUGAAGAAGAUUCCACCCAUCAAAAUCAACAAUUAGCUGUUUAAGGUCUUUACUUUUAUUAUGUUAGCUCUGAAUGUAGUUGCAUACAAAAGGUAUGAUAGUGACUUCACUUGUUUAAACAUCUUGGGGUGGCAGACUGAGCCAACAUCACAUGUUCUUUUUCUCUCUCUUUCUCUUUCUUCUUUUGGUUGAUUAUGGUUAAUUUCCUUUUAAUUUGGGGUUUAGAAAUAUAUAUUAAUUUAGAUGAUACCAUACAAAAGAUACAACUAACAAGAACCCAUAUAUCAGAGACUUAAAAUUAUUUAUCAAGUUGUAGAUAAAUACCAAUCCUAUUUCCUGGAUUACAAUAUACAUGAUGAUGAUGAAGCUAGCUAAGCAGCUCUUGGGAGAAUUUAAGUCUGCACCUGUUGAACAUCUGCAUGGAAAUUCGGAUAACAAAUGGCCCAGCGGCGGCCAUCAAGAUGAAGCGAAACCUCACAGACUCAUGAGGCGUGACGGUGAAAACAGAUGAUGCGUAGGUGACCAUCAUGGAAGCCGUGGCUACUCAGAUCUCGAAAUGAAAUGGGAACUUAUACGUCAGAGAGAUGAUGACUAGAAUCGAGGAGGAAAGAGCGAGGGUGUUGGAAAUCAAGAAAAUAUAAAAGGCAUGCUUUUGAGAGGCGUAAAUGGCCCUGCCUGCGACGUGCCCACCUUCACUGUCUUGCCAAACCCCGCCCGGUGGGCUGACACCUGCUUGGAAGGUCGCGGCGGCCUUCUUCGUACUGGAAAUAUUUAAACCAACUCCUACCUGUGCUCGAAGAAGGGCUCCCCAUUUUUCUGAUAUUGCAGUAACAGUAUUCUCUGAGUUUCAUUGCCGAUUAUUUUUGUUCAUUCAAGGAGUUAAAUAUAAAAAGAUGAGAACUGGACAUAGAGUUAGAUCGGAGAACACAGAAAUGGAAAUGUAUCCAUAGAGUUAAUUAGCCGUAUCAAUUCAACUUACUUUAUUCAAAUUCUCUGUACAAGGAUAUUUCGGUGUUACAAUUUUGAAAAUCACAACCUGUUUCCAUUCACCAGUUUCA